UCCGAGCAAGAGCAUUUCAUUGACAUUUAAAAAAAAAUUUUUUUUCUUAAUUCAAGACAGCAAGUGGACUGAUUUCUGUCUCUCUCUCUUCUCUCUCUCUUUUUGAGCUUGGGAAUCCACCGCUUCGUCACGCCUCUUUAUUAGAAUUGCAGACACUUGUGCGCCCGCCGACUUGCUUCGUCGGAAAGAUUUAAUAAUUCGUGGCGCGAACACGCCUCGUCGCCCCCGGGUGAUCCUUCCCUGCCUUUCUCGGUACCAUCCCGGUGUCUCCUCGGUGGAUUUAUCGAGCGUCAAAGCUGCGCACGCACCUCGAAUAUCAUCUGUUGCUGCCGCCGCCGUCGCUACCGGCGGAGAAUCAAUCCCCGGCAUCUCCGAUGUGAUGAUUCAAAAGCCAAAUAUUUCAUUCAACAUUUGGGGGUAAAAUGGACGAACAGGUGUUGUUACUUUUAUUGCUGCUGCUGUCCUUACACUCGAUGCUGCUCCCGCUCCUGUGAUUGGAUUCAUCAUGAUCCGUCUAUGCCGCCGAUCCCCCCUCCCUCAUUGAUCCACGCCGUAAGUUUAAUAGCCGCGUGAGCAUUUCGGCGUGAAGUGAUCCGGCGAGACACGCACGGCGGGGAGAAAGCAAAACAGAAAAUAAAUACGUAAAGAACUCCAAAUCCAAAUCGUAACGUGGAUGUAUCCCCCACCCCGUUCCACGACAGCCCCACAGGUUUGAUUUCUCCCGACUUUCCACGCAAAUGUUGAUGAUGGAGGACGACGAACUGGACGCUCAUCAGGUUGAUUCGGAUUUCGAGCCGCAGAGCCGGCCUCGCUCGUGCACCUGGCCGCUGCCGUGCCCGGAGGACUUCCCCGAGGUCACCGGGGGGCUCCCGCUGGCCGGCAUCAAGGUGGAGCCGGAGGACGUGCCGGCGUGCCGAGCGGGGCUGCUGGCGGGCGGCGCGCCGGGCGAGCUCAAGCAUCCGGCCGGCGCCCCGGCACCGGCCGGCGCCACGCACCCGUGCCUGGACGCCAGCGGACCGUUGCGCAAAGCUAAGUCGUCGCGGCGGAACGCGUGGGGGAACCAGUCGUACGCGGACCUCAUCACCCGCGCAAUCGAGAGCACCCCGGAGAAGAGGCUCACGCUGUCGCAGAUCUACGACUGGAUGGUCCGUUACGUGCCCUAUUUCAAGGAUAAAGGCGACAGCAACAGCUCGGCCGGCUGGAAGAAUUCCAUCCGUCACAACCUGUCCCUUCACACACGUUUCAUCCGUGUCCAGAAUGAGGGCACUGGAAAGAGCUCCUGGUGGAUGUUGAACCCCGACGGAGGGAAGAUGGGCAAAGCCCCAAGACGGCGAGCUGUCUCCAUGGACAACAACACUAAGUAUCUGAAGAGCAAAGGGCGCAUUCGAGGCAAGCGGGUCGGACGUCCCGGGAUUGGAGCAGGGUCAACUGUCGUGGGUCUACAGGGCUCCCCUGACCAUGGGAGCCCACCGCAUAAAGGUCUACCUGGUUCUGGAGGGACUUCUGGGACAGACAGUGAGUUUGACACCUGGACAGAUCUCCACUCCAGGGCCAGCUCAUCAGCCUCCACCCUGAGCGGGCGUUUGUCACCCAUCCUCGCAGAGGGGGAACCGGAAGAACCUGAUGAGGGAGGCCUAUCCUGUUCCACCUCCCCUCACCUCUACCCAUCGCCCACUGCCCGCUCUCCAUCCAUGGGGGCAGGCAACCGCUGUCCUCCCCUUGAGCAAUUGCCUCAGCUAGCAAACCUGACAGGUGCCAUCAGUCUUGAUGAACAGCUGAUGGAGGACGGCUAUCAUCACCAUCAUUCACAGCAGCAACACCAACAGCAUCCUUCUGUUGGCAGGCAUAAGCACCAAACCUCAGUCUACCACUACAGUUCUGGUGUGAAGAGCCAAGUCUCCUAUGGUACAGGCGGGUACGGUACGACAGGCAUGGGCAUGAUGCGCCACCACUCGCCCAUGCAAACUAUCCAAGAGAACAAGCCAGCCCGGUUCUCCGGGACGAUGCGGACGUACUCCAGCACCAACGCAUUGCAGAGUCUUUUAACAGGAGGGUCAGCCGGGCAGCCGUACUGCCCCAAGGAAAUGAUGCUUGGCCUGAAGAGAGAAGGUCAUCCCUUGAUGUCGUGUAAUGGCUCCAACCCUCACAGCCACCACGCCGGUCAUCAUAACGGCCACGCCCAGAGCCACAACAGAACUCACAGCCAUACGCCUGCUCAUAAUCACAACUCAUCUCAUAGCCUCAGCCACAACAGCGUCAGCCAUAACCACACCCCUCCCCGAGCGCUACCCCUGAACCCGUGCAGCAACGGUAACCCACUCCAGACCUAUAAUCACAAAGCUCCUUACCUGUACAGUCCCCCGUCACACGCUCACCUACCGGCAUCCACCACUCUGCCCCCCAACCCAGCGGGGAUGCUUGGCAUGCCUCAGGACUCCUGCCACUUGGCCACAGCGCCACAUCCGCACCCUCGUCACAACCAUUACCCUGACCCACAACACCAAGCCAUGGCUAACGGACCCUUCCACCACGGUCAGGGUAUGGUCGGCAGCAACGGUACUGGCGGGUAUCACCACGGGUACCACCAACCCCACCCGCACGAUAGACUACCCGCUGACCUUGACAUUGACAUGUUUCAGGGCAGCUUGGACUGCGACGUGGAGUCUAUCCUCCUCCAUGACAUAAUGGACUCUGGAGAGGAGAUGGACUUCAACUUUGACUGCUCCCUUGCCCAGGGGGUGGGCAUUGGAAUGGGAAUGGGGAUGGGUGUGACUAUGGGCAUGGGGAUGGGAAUGAGCGGAUUGGGUGGUGCACAGCAAACCCACAGCAACCAGAGUUGGGUCCCUGGCUAAAAAUAACCCAUCCAGCACCCAGACAAGAACAAUCUUACCCAUAAAGCACUGUGCUCAACUGUGACAUUCCUGACUUGACACAGAGACUAUAGGACCAUGUCUUUCUUUAUUGUCUGUCGCCCCUUCCUCUUUUUUGGUACCCCCACCUUCCCCUGCGAUCUCACUCAUGUCUCAUUUGGUAUUUCCUCAUAUCAGCUAUACUGUGAUGACAAUCUCUCAGCAUCAUUGAUUCUUGUCUACCGUGAGAGCUGAACCUUCCAUGCACUUUAUCGCAAGUGUGUUCACAGAGCAGCUCUUGCAGAUCCCGGCAUGUUUUGAUUUGAUAAACUGUCAGAAAUCAAACUCAAAUGGGACCCUUAAUCAGUCAUUGUCAGAAGUAGGGACCAAAAAG